AUGGACAGGUUAGAAAACGCGCGCGCUUUGCGCAGCAAUAAAAGAUGUUACGUGCGUUUCAUAAAUUCAACUGAAAGAACCGUGGAGCUGACUUGGAUCAAUUUCUCUGGACAAUAUGUACGGUAUAGAAUUCUCAAUAAGGGAAAUUCCGUCGACAUAAACACUUACAAGACACAUCCGUGGAUCGCGAAAGAUAUUCUCACGAAGGACGUGUUACAUGUCGAUAAGAACUUUAUUUAUCUGCCAAAGACAACGAGGGAAUAUAUGCGAGAGAGGUACCCGGGAAGGUCGAUACCAGAAAAUCAUGAAGCGAGAGUUCGGGCUCACAUAAUGCUUCCGAUAUAUAGUCUGAGAUACGCUUCUCUGUUGUGCAUCAGGAAUCAUAUGCUUGAUCCGGAAGACGUCGACACUUUGGCGCUUCCGCGAAAUUUGAGCGAAGAGCUUAAAAGACUCAUCAAAAAACGAAACAGAGAGUGUGCUUUGCAGGCACUGGAAUUGCAAAAUCGAUGACUGGUCAGAAAAUUUAAGAAGUCAUAUUGGGUAACUUCAUGAUUUUUAAGCAGUGUUGUUAGUUCAUGUGGCUAAUAAUAUAUUUGACAAUACUCAAUAUGCGCUUUAGGAAGUGAACCAACAAAAAAAAAUGUAUUGUUAUUGCUAUAAUUGUAUCGCUCUCGAGUAACCUGUUCAAUUUUAUUAUUUCAUUAUUUUAUAGUGUACAUUUUUUAAAAAAUGUAGUUUUUAUACGACCCUGUAACUAUUUUACUGGGCGAAAAAAGAGACAUAUUGGAGAUGUGCAAUUUUUGAAACAGGAACCGCGGUUUGUUUGGUUUACGUUUUCGUCUGUUUAUAUUACGGAGACAUAACGGACGCAACGAUAUACGUUAUUUAUCUUUAGGAAUAUAUAAUUAAGAUUUUACGCCCUGUAGUUCAUAUCGUUAAAUAAAAAAACAUUCCGUGGACCAACGAACGCGCAGGAACCAAUUGU